CAGUCCCCCUCAUUCUUGCUAUGGAGAGCAGUACAGCUAAGACUGCAUCAUUUCAUGUUCCUGUGUGCUAACAACUUACCAGUCUACCAGCUCUGCCCCAACUACACCCUCUCAUUCACCUUAAUCCUAUCUGUGUAGCCACACACAAUGUCUGGGCACUGCCACCUUGCUUUACUUGUGAUCUCAUUGACAUCACUUGGAAUGGCAGAUGAUGCUAUACAGUGCCCCCCCUGCUCACAGGAGAAACUUAUUCGCUGUCUGGGCCCUACUGGGUGCCUGGAGUUGGUGAGAGAACCCGGGUGUGGUUGCUGUGCCACCUGUGCCCUCCAAAAAGGAGAGCCAUGUGGGGUCUAUACUGCUCGAUGUGGCUCUGGGCUUCGUUGUUAUCCCACCAAGAAUUCCGAAAAACCUCUGCAUACCCUAAUGCAUGGACAGGGGGUCUGCACUGAGAUCGAGGAAAUAGAAGCCAUACAGGCAACUUUCCAGACAGCAGCAGAUGAUGACCACCCAAAUAUCAGUUUAAACCCAUGCCCUACAAAUGAUAAGACCUGUCAACAGAAAGAACAUGCAAAAUUAAACUGGAAUGCAAUGCAAAGAAUGAAGAAACAUUCCCUGGGCCGUCAAACAACCAACAAUCAACCAGCAAAAAUGGGUUCCUGCCACAAGGCUCUGAAUGUAGCAUUAGAGAGACUGGCAUCGCUUAGGACCAAAACACAGGAGGAUUUUCUGAAUACUCCAAUUCCUAAUUGUGACCGAGAAGGAAACUAUAAUCCUAAACAGUGUCACCCGGCUCUUGAUGGACAACGUGGAAAAUGUUGGUGUGUUGAUCGGAAUAAUGGAAGCAAGCUGAAUGUGCCUUAUGAUCCUAAUCAAGACCCAGACUGUCAGUUAACAUCUGAGCUUAUCAGAAAAUAAGGCCCAGGGAAACAUUCCACUUGAAUCCGCCACCCACAGUCCACUAUUAAAAGGGAUUCAGCUCUAAAGGGAAUCACUGAAUAUUUCAUUAUGACAAACCUACAAGAGACAGCAUCCGAUCCUUAACUCUUUCUCUGCCAAAGAAGCCUACAAUACUCUAUAAAAUACUGUCCAAACGUGUGUUGCAGAACGCUCUGGCUGGAAAAGAGUUAACAUACAAUUGAAAAGCUGUGGUGUGGAGGGAGGGAGCCCAUGUCCCAUGUGUUUCAUUUAUUCAAGUCAUAGGUAGCCAGAAAUAAGGAGUAAAGUGUGUAGGAUCAAAUUUAGUACAAUUUAAGGGGGAGAUUCAAAUGUUUGAAAAGUCAGUUGGGAGUCUGUUUUUUCCUGUCUAUUAGAUAGGAAAAAAACAGACACCCAACCGACUUUUCAAACAUUUGAAUUUCCCCCUAAAUUUCAGAUCAAGCAACAGUUGUAAUUGGUGGGUUUGCGAGUUAUAUGAGGGGUUUUGUGGAGCAAUAUGAGGUUUACUGUAGAACGUUGUGUAGGAACUGUGAGGACAUAUCAAGAAAAAUGUUAGAAAGAUGAAGCGGGUAGUUUGAGGGGAAAUUUGUCUCCAUCCAUAAUUUGCUAUACUGUAUAGUGAUUUAAGCGCACUUCACUUUGGAAAGCACUUAAUGUUACAGUAUAUAAAGUGUCUGAAGAACUGUAAGAGUUAAAUAACUUUAACAUUAUGCAAAAGAACUGUGAAGAGUAAUUUAUUGUUAAACAUACAGUACAAAUGAUUCAAAUGAGGUUCCGAUUCACAUUCACUUCUGGAACGUCUCUGGAAACCGUGAUCUUCACUGGCACAUUCUCUAUUUACACUGUAAUGCACAUUAAUGGUCUUAUUAGGUGGACGCAGUGCCAAUGUCGCACUGCUCAUGUAUCCCAAUUGUUUGCAUAGAGAAACGCAGCACAGAGUCAGGCCAUGGGUCUGAGAGUCUUACAUGGGGGUGGUAAAGCUCAUGCUGGUGUGUGGUGGGCGUGUAGUUGAAAGCGGCUACAUUCAAAACAAAAGCCACUCACACAGGAGGCCAUGCUGGAUGGAGAAACUGCACCUCCCAUAGAGCUGAUGCAAGUUUGGAUGGUGCAUCGAAAUACACACAGUGACGGAAACCUACUGUCGGAGAUGCUGCAAGUGGGCCGCUCGGUUAUCAGCUGCGGCAUUAGCAUAAAGAUAAGAAUGCCUCAAAAGACACUUCAGUAUUAAGGCCCUAAGGCAAGGGUGGGCAAUUAUUUCAGCUGGUGGGCCGCUUAACACUUUCAGCGAAUAUUCGAGGGCCACACACAAAAUACUCAUAAAGAGUCCCCUUUUUACACAUUACGGCAGACAGCGUCCCCUUUUUACACAUUACAGCAGGCAGCAUCCCCCUUUUUUACACAUUACGGCAGACAGCGUCCCCUUUUUAUACAUUAUGGCAGACAGCGUCCCCCUUUUUACACAUUACUGCAGACAGCGUGCCCUUUUUACACAUUACGGCAGAUAGUGUCCCCCUUUUUACAGAUUACGGCAGACAGUCCCCCUUUUUACACAUUACGGCAGACAGCGUCCCCUUUUUACACAUUACGGCAGACAGCGUCCCCUUUUUACACAUUACGGCAGACAGCGUCCCCCUUUUUACACAUUACGGCAGACAGCGUACCCUUUUUACACAUUACGGCAGACAGUGUCCCCCUUUUUACACAUUACGGCAGACAGCAUACCCUUUUUUAAACUUUAAGACAAGAAAGAAAGAAAGAAAGAAUUAUACUUAAGGCCCAUAUCGACGGGCCGAUGUGGGAGAGAUGUGUGCUGAGCGAACCAAAAGAGGUUUUUUGGUUGGCCGAACAUGCAGGUCUGAAUUAGGCCCAAUAUCGUUUGUCUGGGAGCUCAAGGGAAAUCGUUAAUGACCUUGUUUCAUUUGCACAUUGUAUAGUGUGCGCCCAGCUUAAGGGGGACAUUUACUAAGCAAUAAUAACAGCGGAGAAGUGAGACAGUGGAGAAAUUGCCCCAUCAACAAAUCAGCAGCUCUGUAUCAUUUUAUAGUAUGCAAAUUAUAGAUGUUACUUCAGUGCUGAUUGGUUGCCCUGGCCAACUUCUCCGCUCUUAUCACUGCUUAGUAAAUUUCCACCUAAGACUCUAAUACAUUGGGUACAUCUCUCCAUUUUGUUUUUGAGAGAAAAAAAGUGUGCAUACAGGACAUAAUAAAAUGUAUGAUGAACGAGGAAAGCACUUAUUAGCGUCACCUAUCCAAUUCAGAGAAGAAAUUGCAAUAAGCCAAUCAUAAGCAGUUGAGUAAUGCUGACAGCCAUCCUUCUAAUCACUGUGUACCCAAAAAUUAUAUGGUCUUGAAAGGCAUAUAUUCUGUGCCGGCCUGCAUCUGUUCACAAUUAUGUGGGCACAAGUGUUAUAUUUAGCAAUGUGUGUGGCCUGCAAACAAAGCAAUGCAAAGAAAAAAUAUGAAAGACCACACUUCAAAACGGAUGCAGCUAGAAGUUUUAAUAGGUGGUCACCUACACCCAACAGUCAUAAUAUACAAAAAUAGUUACACAGCGCAACCUUUAGUUAGAGAUCAGUAAUGGGUUAAAAGGUACUGUUCUCUCACAAAUGUCCUUUAAUAAGUUCAAAUUGUUCCACCAAAACGAUCAGUCAAAAUUUACUGCUAUAACGCCAUUAAUCUCCACCUUAUUUCUGUAUUCCUGGUUUCCUCAAGCUCACAGCUUUGUCAUAACCACCGCAUAUGUAAAAAGGGAGAAAGGGAUUUGCAAUAGUGAAAUACGUUUUACCUUGAAAAAGACUCAAGCUGAGUUGAAAUGCAUUGGUGGACUGAGAGUGGUACUGCCAUUUUGUUGCUGGACAUCUGGAAGGCCAUUCAUAUACCAGUACAGUUCUGGACAUUCCUGAUCUUGGGAGGUGCUUUGACACUGACAUACAAAUAUAGGUGUGCCUUUGUACACCCAUACAAUCUUGUCUUAAAGGUUGUCACUAUUUCUGUAUACUAAUGUGUGUGUCCUGUUUCCUGUGCAUGGGCAGAAUGAUUUUGCAACUGUUGUAAGUUUAACUCUAUAUCAGCCCCUAAAUGUGCAAGGUGCUGAGAACUCUGCACACAGGAUUCCCAGUAGAGUGUGCUUUAAUGUGUGUUACAGUGUGAAGACACUCGCAGAUCGGAAUCAAUGAUCCCGCAUGAUGGCUGCAUUUUUGUUUCUCUGUGCAGGAGGUCAAACCACAAAACAUACACAGUGCACAUAAGUGCUGACAUGUCAAUGAGUAAAUUCGUGAAGCUUAUUCUUUCACUGCAAAUAACUUUCAGAAAAUCAUGAUUACUUGGUAAUUUUACAUUUUACUGUUUUAGAAUUAAAGAAUUCUGUGAAACUGUGUUUUUUUCUUUAAUAACCCAAAAGUAUGCAAUAAAUAUAAGUAGGGACUAUGAGAGAAUAGUGAUCUUUUGUAAUUAUCAAUAACGGUGGGAAGGGGGGGGGGUUAAAUUAAAGCUUCAUAUGUAAACUGAUGUGAUCAUACCUCUUUGAUAACUGAAGAAUUUAAGAAAAUACCAGCCAUGAUUCACAACUUUGUACAUCAAAACUGGCCAUGCUUGGAUCAAUCAGCAAGUUACAAUCCAUUCUGUAUAUAGAAUCCAAGGGCCCAUUUAUCAUUGAUUGCACUUGUAAUGAGAUCUGGGCGCAAUAUUAGUGUCCAAGAUCGCAUUGCAGAAUGUGAUCAAAUUGGCCCUCAUUCCGAGUUGAUCGCUAGCUGCUUUCGGUCGCAGCGCAGCGAUUAGGUAAAAAAGCGGUACUUCUGCGCAUGCGUAUGGGGCGCAGUGCGCACGCCCGAUGUACUUUCACAAAAGCCGAUGCAGUUUCACACAAGGUCUAGUGACGCUUUUCAGUCGCACUGUUGACCGCUGAGUGAUUGACAGGAAAGGGGCGUUUCUGGGUGGUAACUGACUGUUUUCAGGGAGUGUGCUGAAAAAUGCAGGCGUGUCAGAUACAAACGCAGGCGUGCCUGAGGAAACGGGGGAGUGGCUGGCCGAACGCAGGGCGUGUUUGUGACGUCAAAACAGGAACUAAAUAGUCUGAAGUGAUCGCAGGCUAGGAGUAGGUCUGGAGCUACUCAGAAACUGCUCGGAAAUAUUUUGGAGCAGUUCUGCGAUCCUUUCGGUUGCACUUCUGCUAAGCUAAGAUACACUCUCAGAGGGCGGCGGCUUAGCGUUUGCACUGCUGCUAAAAGCAGCUAGCGAGCGAUCAACUCGGAAUGAGGGCCAUUGGCGGCAUGUAUCAAUGAAAACCUGCAGGGACAAGGGCUCCCUGGGAUGUGCUGUGACGGCUGCCAGAGCUUCUGCGCAUGCGUGGUUCCACUGAUCGCACAUGCAAAGCCGCCACUUUCGGUGGAGGAUUCCAGGGGAACACUCUGCCGGCCAGGUAUGCGGUGUGUAGCCCAUAGUAAAUUGAUAAAUCUAUGGGGAUGAGGAUGCCAGUGGGAAUGGAGGGAUUGUAGCAGGUUUCAGAGAUAUCUGCUGCGGUCCUUCCCACGGGUUGGGACUUCCUACAUAUAGUACUUUUGGGGGCUACUUAAUAUUUGCGGCUAACCUCUAAAAAGGGUUUUUUUUAUAAAUGAUAAUAAACUAAUGAUGCAGUUACUAUAUCUUAAGCGAUUGUGAUAAAAGAGAUGAUUCAGACUUGUGAGAAAGCAUACAAAAGAACAAUGCAAGAUAUGCAAAUACAUUUGAUUGUUUUUGCAUGCAGGGUAAAUACUGUCUGCUAUAGCUCGACAGCUUUAUUUGAUACUUUUUAAAACUGCGCCCCCUCUGCAGUGCAACACGGUUUUGCCAAUGUGUAAAGUUAUUUCUGUUUUUGGUUUGUUCCCAAAUAACAAAUAACUUCUAUAUAUGUAAAUAUCAUUAUCAAUUUGUUGUUUUUCAUGCUUACAUCUGAACCUCCAGGUAACUGUUUAGUAUUCUCCUGUCUUUCAUUGAUUCCUACAAAUGUAUAACGGGAGCGUUUCCCAGUUGUAAAUUACUAGGGAGUAUAUGCUAUAUAGAUAAAUGUUAGUACACAAAAUGCUAAAUAAUACUGUGUUGAGGGUGGGUCUGGGGUCUGGGUAUAGGAGAGCAGUAAUAAUUUGCCUUGGACUGACUUGCAUACUUUAAUGUGUCUAUAAAAAUGACUUUUGUUUUUACUGCAAUGUUUGAUCACCACCUAUCAACAGCAGCUAUAGGAAAUACUAAUGUAGUUUAUUAAGGUUAUUGUGGUGCAUAUAGGGGAAUCACUUUUAAGCUCAAGUAGCACAUCUUUCUAGGUAAUAUGUUUGUUUUUUAAUGUAUAGUUAUAUUCCUAGGCAAUACUUUUCUUCUGUUGUUGUUGUUCUAAGAUGACAGCAUUGUAUCUGUGAAUAAUGCUCCUUGUCAUGUGACUAAUCCAGGGCGUUAGCUUAUGUGUAUAUGUCAAGGAUGAACUUGGUUGAGUAGCCAAUAACAAGAAUGUCUUCUCAGCCAAGUUAAGACAUUUGCAGAAUGAGGAUACAUGUCAUGACAAGGGUUAAUGUUGGCCUUUAAAUCAAUGUAGCAUUUGUGUUUUAUUUUAAAUGUACAUAUCUACUUUUGUGUGAAAUUUAAUGUGAAAACAAUAAAAACACUGAUGUUUCCUUAAA